UUUUUAAUAUUACUACGCGUAAAAUACCUGUCGUCAUUUCAGUGCAAUUCAAAAAUUCAAUGAUGAAAAUUUAGUUUAUCCAUUCAUUGAUACACGACAAACAUCAAUAGCAUAAUUUCUCCAAGAUUCGCAUUGUAUUUGAAAGGUUUUAAAUUUUAAUAAUCGAACGAACUAUUUUUUUACACCGGUGGAAGCGCCGCCAUGUUGGGUGUCAGCGGUCUGUGACGGCAUUUGCGUCAGUCAAUGCGUGCGGAUGACUUGAUUAUUGAGUGAAUAACGGGAGAGAAACGUGAAAUACUGUGUAUAAGUGGUACCGAGGUGCCGCACAUCCAUCCCAGGAAACUAAUAGCGGCGAAGGAAACUAGGGAAACAUCGUAAAUCUUCGCGAGAAUGACGCAAUUACUGCCCAUAAGGUUUCAGGAGCAUCUCCAGCUCACUGCUGUGGGAAUCAAUGCCAACAAUGUCAGCUUUAAUACGCUCACUAUGGAGUCCGACAAAUUUAUUUGCGUACGAGAAAAGGUUGCGGAAACAUCGCAGGUCGUCAUUAUCGACAUGAAUGACUCUGCCAAUCCAAUAAGGAGGCCAAUAUCUGCAGAUUCCGCAAUCAUGAAUCCUGCAAGCAAAGUAAUUGCUUUGAAAGCCCAGAAAACAUUGCAAAUCUUCAACAUUGAGAUGAAAUCAAAAAUGAAAGCCCACACCAUGACGGAAGAUGUUGUGUUCUGGAAAUGGAUCUCCUUGAAUACCUUGGCACUAGUCACUGAAACGGCAGUUUACCACUGGUCUAUGGAAGGAGAUUCUCAGCCUCACAAGACGUUUGAUCGCCAUUCAUCGUUAAAUGGAUGUCAAAUAAUAAAUUACAGAACCGACCCAAAACAGACGUGGUUAUUGCUGAUCGGAAUUUCAGCGCAGCACAACAGAGUAGUUGGAGCCAUGCAGUUAUAUUCUGUAGAACGUAAAUGUUCGCAACCAAUCGAAGGACAUGCAGCAUCUUUUGCCCAAUUCAAAAUGGAGGGCAAUGCCGAGCCUAGCAAUCUAUUUUGUUUUGCUGUAAGAACUGCUCAAGCUGCUAAAUUGCACAUAAUUGAAGUUGGUCAACCUCCUGCUGGAAACCAGCCUUUUCCCAAAAAAGCAGUUGACGUGUUUUUCCCCCCAGAUGCUGGCAGUGAUUUUCCAGUUGCAAUGCAGGUCAGCUCGAAGUACGACGUAAUAUAUUUAAUAACAAAGUUCGGUUAUAUCCACAUGUACGACAUUGAAUCUGCGACGUGUAUAUUUAUGAACCGUAUAUCUGGAGAAACAAUAUUUGUUACCGCUCCUCACGAAGCUUCCGGUGGGAUUAUUGGAGUGAACCGCAAGGGUCAAGUUUUGUCAGUAUCUGUCGAAGAAGAAAAUAUUAUUCCAUACAUCAAUGGAGUAUUACAAAAUCCUGAAUUAGCUCUGCGAAUGGCUGUAAGAAAUAACUUGUCUGGAGCAGAGGAUCUGUUUGUACGGAAAUUCAACAUGCUUUUUCAAAAUGGCCAGUACGCCGAAGCUGCUAAAGUGGCAGCAAAUGCACCAAAAGGAAUUCUAAGAACUCCAGCAACAAUUCAACGGUUCCAGCAGGUCCCAGCUACGCAAGGGCAGACUUCGCCACUGUUGCAAUAUUUUGGUAUACUUUUGGAUCAAGGUCAACUAAACAAGUACGAGUCUUUGGAACUCUGUCGCCCUGUGUUACUGCAAGGCCGCAAACAGCUUCUUGAAAAGUGGUUGAAAGAAGACAAGCUGGAAUGCAGUGAGGAAUUGGGUGAUCUAGUGAAACAAGCUGAUCCUACUCUUGCUUUGAGCGUUUAUUUGAGAGCAAAUGUACCAAACAAGGUCAUCCAAUGUUUUGCCGAAACUGGGCAAUUCCAGAAAAUAGUUUUAUAUGCCAAAAAAGUUUCUUACACUCCGGAUUAUGUUUUCUUGCUGAGAAAUGUUAUGAGGAUUAAUCCCGAUCAAGGUGUUGCUUUUGCUCAAAUGCUGGUUCAGGAUGACGAACCUCUUGCCGACAUCAAUCAGAUUGUGGAUAUUUUUAUGGAACAAAAUAUGGUACAACAGUGUACAGCCUUUCUCUUGGAUGCAUUGAAAAAUAAUCGUGCGAGUGAAGGUGCCUUGCAAACUCGCUUAUUGGAAAUGAAUUUAAUGUCUGCUCCUCAAGUGGCAGACGCCAUCUUAGGAAAUCAAAUGUUUACACACUACGAUCGUGCCCACGUUGCCCAACUUUGUGAGAAGGCUGGCCUUCUACAACGUGCUUUGGAACAUUACACCGACCUAUAUGAUAUCAAGCGAGCUGUCGUCCACACACAUCUGCUAUCCCCUGAUUGGCUGGUUGGAUUCUUUGGUACUUUGUCAGUAGAAGAUUCUUUGGAGUGUCUAAAAGCCAUGUUAACUGCCAACAUAAGACAAAACUUGCAAAUCUGUGUACAGAUAGCAACAAAAUACCACGAACAACUUACAACGAAGGCUUUGAUUGAUUUGUUCGAAAGCUUCAAAUCGUACGAAGGAUUGUUUUACUUCCUUGGAUCAAUCGUCAACUUCAGUCAGGAUCAAGAAGUUCAUUUCAAAUAUAUCCAAGCUGCGUGUAAGACCGGCCAAAUCAAGGAAGUUGAAAGGAUUUGUCGUGAGAGCAAUUGUUACAAUGCGGAGAGGGUCAAAAAUUUCUUGAAAGAAGCAAAAUUAUCUGAUCAGUUACCACUGAUUAUUGUCUGCGACCGAUUUGACUUCGUCCACGAUCUCGUUCUCUACCUUUACAGAAACAAUCUGCAAAAAUACAUCGAAAUAUACGUCCAGAAGGUGAACCCGUCGAGAUUACCCGUCGUAAUUGGUGGGUUGUUGGAUGUGGAUUGUUCGGAGGACAUAAUUAAAAAUUUAAUUCUUGUGGUACGUGGUCAGUUCUCUACGGAUGAAUUGGUCGAGGAGGUUGAGAAUCGUAACCGACUAAAACUCUUGCUGCCUUGGUUAGAAUCCCGUGUUCACGAGGGUGGUGUAGAGCCCGCGACACACAAUGCUCUUGCUAAAAUUUAUAUCGAUAGCAACAACAAUCCUGAAAGAUUCCUUAAAGAAAAUCAGUUCUAUGACAGCCGUGUUGUUGGCAAAUAUUGUGAAAAACGCGACCCUCACUUGGCGUGCGUAGCAUAUGAGCGUGGUCAAUGCGAUCGCGAACUUAUCAGUGUCUGCAAUGAGAACAGCUUGUUCAAAAGUGAAGCUAGGUAUUUGGUUAGACGACGGGAUCCCGACCUGUGGGCUGAAGUCCUCUUGGAAAGCAAUCCCUACAAAAGACCACUCAUCGAUCAGGUGGUUCAAACUGCACUGUCAGAGACACAAGACCCCGAAGAUAUUUCGGUAACUGUAAAAGCUUUCAUGACGGCGGAUUUGCCUAACGAAUUGAUCGAAUUACUCGAAAAAAUUGUACUUGAUACCAGCGCCUUCAGCGAUCACCGUAAUCUACAAAACCUCCUUAUUUUGACUGCAAUUAAAGCAGACCGCACUCGCGUUAUGGAAUACAUUAAUCGUCUGGACAACUACGACGCCCCAGACAUAGCCAACAUCGCCAUCAACAGUGAAUUGUACGAAGAGGCUUUCGCCAUCUUCAGGAAAUUUGACGUCAAUACAUCUGCUAUACAAGUAUUGAUUGAACAAGUUAAAAAUUUGGACAGAGCAUACGAAUUUGCUGAGAGGUGCAAUGAACCUGCUGUAUGGUCACAACUGGCAAAAGCUCAGCUGCAGCAAGGUCUAGUAAAAGAAGCGAUCGACAGCUUCAUCAAAGCUGACGACCCAUCCGCAUAUGUAGAUGUAGUUGAGACUGCCCAUCGCACUUCUCACUGGGAGGACCUGGUUCGUUAUUUGCAAAUGGCACGUAAGAAGGCGAGAGAAUCAUUCGUCGAAAGUGAACUGAUUUACGCGUAUGCUCGCACAAACCGACUCGCUGAUCUGGAGGAAUUCAUUUCUGGACCCAAUCAUGCGGAUAUCCAGAAGAUUGGCGAUCGUUGUUUCGAUGACAAAAUGUAUGACGCAGCAAAGCUUUUGUACAAUAAUGUGUCAAACUUUGCCAGAUUGGCAAUCACUCUUGUUCACUUGAAAGAGUUCCAAGGUGCUGUGGACAGUGCUCGUAAAGCGAAUUCUACUCGCACAUGGAAAGAAGUUUGCUUUGCCUGUGUGGACAGCGGCGAGUUCCGUCUCGCCCAGAUGUGUGGCCUGCACAUAGUUGUUCAUGCGGAUGAACUUGAAGACCUUAUCAACUACUACCAAGAUCGAGGACAUUUCGAAGAACUCAUAAACUUACUAGAAGCUGCUCUUGGUCUCGAGAGAGCUCAUAUGGGAAUGUUCACUGAGCUGGCUAUUUUAUACAGCAAGUACAAGCCACAGAGAAUGCGAGAACAUCUCGACUUGUUCUGGUCUCGUGUCAACAUUCCGAAAGUAUUGCGAGCAGCCGAACAAGCUCAUCUGUGGGCAGAACUUGUCUUUUUGUAUGACAAAUAUGAAGAAUAUGACAACGCGGUGCUCGCAAUGAUGCAACAUCCGACUGAAGCAUGGCGCGAAGGUCACUUCAAGGAUGUGAUCACCAAGGUUGCCAAUGUCGAAUUAUACUACAAGGCAAUCCAAUUCUACGUUGAAUACAAGCCGCUACUUCUGAACGAUGUGCUGCUCGUCCUUGCGCCGAGAAUGGAUCACACGAGAUCGGUGGCUUAUUUCACUCGUACAGGACAUUUGCAGCUAGUGAAGCCUUAUCUCAGAUCGGUCCAAUCCUUAAAUAACAAAGCUAUAAACGAAGCGUUGAAUGGUCUACUCAUCGAUGAAGAAGACUACCAAGGAUUAAGGACAUCGAUAGACGCCUUUGAUAACUUUGACAAUAUUGCUCUGGCUCAACAGCUCGAGAAGCACGAACUUAUCGAAUUCAGAAGAAUCGCCGCGUACCUCUACAAAGGAAAUAACAGAUGGAAACAGUCGGUUGAACUUUGCAAAAAAGACAGACUAUUCCGCGAUGCCAUGGAGUACGCGGCUGAAUCUAGAAAUGCUGAGGUAGCCGAAGAACUUUUGGAGUGGUUUUUGGACAGAGGAUCAAAAGAUUGUUUUGCGGCUUGUCUAUUUUACUGUUACGAUCUACUUCAUCCAGAUGUCAUUUUGGAACUUGCCUGGAGGCACAGAAUUCUCCACUUCGCAAUGCCGUACCUCAUCCAAGUUGCUCGUGAAUACAUUACAAAGGUUGACAAGCUUGAAGAAGCAGAGAGCCAGCGUUUGGAAGAAACGGAUCAACAAGAACACAAGCCUAUGAUCAUGCCCGAACCGCAGCUCAUGUUAACAGCGGGACCAGGAAUGAUGGCACCAGGUUAUGUACCUCAAAAUGUUUACGCAACUCCGGGUCAAGGGGUUUACGCACCACCUACCGCGGCCUACCAGGGUUAUGGUAUGUGAGACACAAUUCACAACACGUUCCACAAUGAUCAACAAUACCCAUAUUUCUAUAAGGUUUAGCUAGAGCAAAGUUAUAUUAUUGAUGAGUCACAUUGAACCGUCAAAAAUCUGCUGUCUGACAAAUACUUUGUAAUGUCAAGUUCGUAGUAGGUUAGAAGCAAACGAGAAAAAUUAGACAGAAAAGAGGGGAGUUAAAGCAUUGAAACUUAGAGAAAUGUAUUCUACAAAAUGAAAGCUGCUGGAAUAAAUGUCAACUAAUCGGUUUUUUUAAGAAAAGUAGAAUGCCUCAUGUAAAAUAAAAAUUGAUGAAGUACAGUUAAAGCAUUCUGUGGAUGAAACACAUAGUAUUAGAGAACUUGUAGAUGCUAAAUAAUUGAAUGUAUGUAUCGAUUUAGCUGCUUUUCAUCUCUGACUAACGAUAAAAUAAAAGUUCACAUCGGUGGCCCUUAGGCAAUGAAAAAUAUCGGGUGGCAGUAUGCGUAACGAUCCUUGACAUAUCCAUGAAUACUUGUUCAAUGGCAGAUUUUUAACAUGGCUUGAAGAAAUAUGCUCGCGCUAAUGACAUAAUUUGAAAACAAUUCGUUAAAUUUACUGAGCUCUUGUUAAGCUAUGCUAACAGAUUGAUCUGAUGUAGAUUACAAUAGGCUUAGAAUUUCGCAAGGAAAGUGUCUUCCUUAAUAAUUGCAAUUGCAAAUAAUUCAGGGGCUGAAAAUAUAAUCAGAAAAAAAAAACUGAGACGGGUUUUCUAAUUUUGUCAAUAUCGUGAUAGCAUUCCUCUAUUAUACUUUGUUAGCGAUCAUUUAAACACGUAAAAAUUGUAUAAUUAAUAUUUCAUUUAUCGUUCGUAAAAACAAUUGCUCGUUUGUCGUAGACUAAAUUAAAACGCUACCCUUUCACAUUAGGUUUUUAUAGAGUAUGUCUGAGAACACUAUUCAUAGUUUUUGUUAUCGACAUACUGUGUACAUCUAACUGUUUUAUUGGGGCGUAAUAACGACAUGUUUCACGCGAUUCUUGUUUGGAAAGAGGGGAAAAAAAUAAAUGAAUACUUUUUAUAAGUUAUAAGCUUAGUGUAACACAUACAUAAUUAUAGAUUGCCCCUGAUCAUCGAGUGAAGAAAUGAACAGGUGUCGCAAGUCCGAUCGGUCGGGUCUUCGUGAUUUAUCAAAUUAAACUUCGAACACACGCUCGAGUGGUUUUGGCUAAACUUGAGCAAAAAAAUGUUUCUGUGGGCAAUCGUAUGAAAUAGGUGUUACAUUUCUGCUCGUCGGACUUGUGCAGCUUGUUCAGUUCGAUCCUCUGACAAUGAGUUGUGGUAAAGCCUACGUUUAAGAAUCUGUUGAAUACCGGUGGUGCGUACAAAGAUUUCGCGUCAUUCCCAAAAAAAUCUAUCAAUGCACUUACUUUUUCAAUAUGGCAAAAUCAAAUCAAGUGAAACUUUUGAAAAUUAAGUGGUUAGUGAUUUCUUAUUUGAAUCGGAAUUCAACCAGGCCGCAUCGCAUGUUGUUAUUGUAUUAAUACCAUGAUUAUUUGAAUAUUCUGAAAUAUUAUUAACUAAUUAUUACAAGAAAAAAAACCCACAAAUCAAGGAUUAUUAGUAAUUAUACAUAUAUAUUAUAAAUAUAUAAUGAUAUAUUAUAUUGGUAUUUAGUGUAAUAUGUAAGUAGUAAACAUAUGAUAUGGAUUAAUAUUAUUGAAAAAAAAAAAACAAAAAAAAAUCGGAAUAAAUGAUACAUAAAGCUAACUAUCAAGAAUGGGUGAUCAAAGAUCUGGAUCGCAUUCAAUUGUUUUUGCUGUAAGAUAUUUAAGAAACUGUGUCAAGUAAAUACACACAGUGAGAAAUAAACAAAUGCCUGUUUGAUGAAGAA